AUGAUCCAAUUUGCGAUGUUCACGACAGCAUCGAAUCUUAACGGAACGACCAAAGCAAAGGUGCAUCCAGAAAGACCAGAUGUAGGUCUUUACGCCUGGAGCUCGUGGGGCUCGUGGAGUUCGUGUUCCAGGUCCUGUGGUGGUGGUGUAUCAUAUCAGGAGAGGCAGUGUUUACCUAGAUCUCGUAACUUAUUAAAUACAACACUAGCACCACCUGUUAUAACUGUGAGAGUGACGCGGCAAGUGUCGACAGGGCAGGACUGCGCAGGAGUUGAUAGACGCUACCAUGAGUGUAAUACUCACGCAUGUCGAGAUGGAAGUCGAGAUCCUCGCGCUGAACAAUGUUCCACAUACGACAGAAGACCAUUUAGAGGGAGAUAUUAUACCUGGGUGCCUUAUAUUGAUGGUGAUGCGCCCUGUAUGCUGAACUGCCGUCCUUUGGGUCACCAUUUCUAUGCAUCAUUAUCUCUCGUGGCUGACGGGACUCCUUGCACAUUGGAGGGGUAUAGAGCGAUAUGCGUACAGGGAACAUGUAAAGUAAGUGCCAAGUUAUAUUUUAGACAUGACGUUAGUAUGUAA